AUGGGUGUAAAGCUCAAGAAUUGGAGACACAGCACAAAAGUUAAUUUAGGCAUUCAACGGGGAGAUACUCCUGAGACGGUACGAGCAAGAGUAGGGGCAAGAAGACUCUCCAACUACCGCCCUGAGGACGUGGAUGCGUUGUUGAAUAAAUGGUGUGACGAAGAGUAUCAGGAGUAUGCUGACCAUAUGAAGCAAUUACGAGCAUUGCAAAAUACUCCUCAUUGCACGGGGACCAAAAGCUAUGCGAGGUUGUCACACGAAGAAACUGUCAAGGAUGGCACUCCUCCUACGCGAGCACAAGCGUACAUAAAAACUCACAAGAAGAAGGAUGGAAGCUAUCCAAAUGAUAUAGUAAAAGAGAGAUGUGAUGGCGAUGCUAAUGCCAACCGACUCUGCCGCAUCGUCAAGCGUAACACAAGGAACGGUACGUUGGAGACAUGA